AUGAGUGAAGACGCACCCACGCCUCCCCCGGGCGCUUCAUACACCAGCACAGCGACGACUAGCACAUCGUCUGCAGCGGCUACAACAGGCCAGUCGACUCUCCGCCGUGCCCCGAGCGUCACUAGCUCACAUUGGUCAGCGGCAGACACGCCCCAGCACCACUACCAGGGCACCUCCUACUUCCCACAUCCAGCAAGGGCCACCUCCCCAUCCAGACCACGCAGGCGACCAGACAUAGUCAGAAGCAUGUCUGCAACCUCGCAGCGCAGGGCACGCAGCAGCUCUGCAUCCAGCUCACCCGCAACACCACGCGUCUACCGCGACAACAGCAACCUGCUCACAGAGGAAGACGAUGACAAUGACAACGACUCUAUCACCCCCACAGAGCGUCUCAGUCGCGGAAAGGGCCUCGCCAGCGUCCACGAUGGAGACGAUGACGACGACGACGACGACAACGGCGACGACAGCUCAGAGAGAGACGCAGACGGCUCAGACCGGGAGGACGAUGACCCGAUCACGGUCAAAGACCGCCAGUCGCUCAUCAACGUCGAGCACCCCUUCGGUCUCCCCAUCUGGAAGCCUGCCCUCUACAAGAAGUCUCGCUCCGUCACCCGCCACGCCGAUGCAGCCCUGCACUCCCAACCCUCCGCACAGGCAGGCCGCCAUCUCUAUCCCGGCAAUAUAUUCUGGCUCGUGUGCUUCGGAUGGUGGCUCGCUCUAGCCAGCUUUGCCGUCUCCAUCGUCCUCAGGCUCGUCCCCAUGGGCGGAAAGCAGUACUCCAACCUUGCAUACGGCCUCGGCUGGUACGUCGCCUGGCCCUUUGGCAAGUACGUCGAGGGAAGUGGCUUUGGCGGAGACCUCGAGAGCCGUGGCACACAGGCAGACGACCCAGCAGGACAGCCAAGUCAGGCCCCCACCACUCCCCAGGCUGGCAGGUGGCAGUCUCCCCCCUCCACCACCCGGCCGCGCGGUGCUGCCAGCGAACGCACUGCCCUUCUCGAGCCAGUGGAUGAGCACGUCGCGACGCUCCCCUGGAAGUCGUACGGCGCCACCGCAUCGCCGGGCAGCAUCUCCCCAGACGAUAAGCCCCACCGCGAUGACUGGCUGGGGCGCGGCUUUUUCUGGUUCCUGUUCUCCAUCUGCAUCGCCCCGCUCAUGCUCUUCGCCUGCAUCACCUGCUGGGCGUUCAUCUUCACCAUCCCCAUGGCCAAGCUCAACUGGGCCCUUAUCCAGUACAUCUUCUCCGGCCCAGACAAGAUCCGCUUCUGCGCCGCACCCCCCGUCGUCGUCGUCCCCUCCCGCGAGGCCAGCGGCUCCACCAUCGGCCCCGACGGCGACAGCACCCCCGCCCAGCCCGAGUACGCCGUAAAGCACCCACGCCUCGCCGAGGGCCAGCUCGCGCCGAGCAUGGACGGCCCGCCGACCUCGCGCGUGCUGCUGUGCGUGUACCGCGCGAUGGGCUGGCAGUACUACAAGUACACCGUCGGCGGCGUCAACAUCAUCUUCGUCAACCUCAUGCCCCUCGUUUUCUUCGUCAUCUUCGACGGCUUCGUCCUCCUCCCCCUCGUCGACCACCGCGAGGCCGCGGGCAAGCACGUCAACUCCUUCCUCGCCUUUCUCGCCUCCCGCGCGCUCAUCUUCAUCAUGAGCCUCGCGAGCGUCAUCCCUCUUUCGUAUUUCAUCGGCAUGGCCGUCGCCUCCAUCUCGGCCCAGUCCUCGAUCGGCAUGGGCGCCGUCAUCAACGCCAGCUUUGGUUCCAUCAUUGAAAUUAUUCUCUAUGCUAUCGCCCUGACACAGGGAAAGGGCCACCUCGUCGAAGGCUCCAUCGUCGGAAGCUUGCUCGCUGGCGUGCUGCUCAUGCCCGGCCUCAGCAUGUGCGCGAGCGCCGUGCGGAGGAAGGAGCAGCGGUUCAACGCCAAGAGCGCCGGCGUGACGAGCAUGAUGUUGAUCAUGGCCUUUAUAGGCACGCUGACCCCCACCCUGUUCUACCAGACCUACGGCAAUUUUGAGCUCAUUUGCGACAAGUGUCCCGAUGGUCCAUCGUCCCAAUGGAAGUGCAAUCAGUGCUAUUACCAGCACCCGGACCCUGUCGAGGAUCCAUUCUAUCAGUCGACCGUCAAGCAGCUCAUGUAUUUCUGCGCUAUCAUUCUCGUUUUCUCUUAUCUUGUCGGCCUCUGGUUCUCCCUCCGCACGCACGCAACCCAGAUCUGGCAGAACCCACAGCAGCUCCUCCAGCAACCCCUCGAGCUGCCGAGCAACCGGCUCUCGGUCUACCAACGCCUUCUGCAGCCCGGUCAAGGCCAGGGCCCCGCGUCCCAGGCAUCUCACCCCCGCUCUCUCCGCCACAAGCGCAGCAACGUCACCAGCGCCGCAGACAGCGACUUCCCCUCGCGCAGCGCAACACCGACCCCGCGCGCCCCCGACGUCCAAGUCAGCUUCACCGACCGCCGCCCCGCCCCGCCCUCACCCACACUCACCAGGCGCGUCUCGCACGCGCCGCAGGUCGCGCCCUCGCAGCAGCAGGGGAUGACGCCCCUGCUCGAGAGCGUCGACUUUGCGAUGAAGAACAACAACCUACACCCGACGCAGCUCCCCGAGUCCAUGACCACCGACGACUUCACCCGCGCCGUCGCCGUCGCCACCGUCAGCGCGCUCCGCCAUCAGCAGACGCUGCAGGGUCCUGCACGCCUCCGCGCGGCCGCUGCGGGCGCCGAAGCCGACACCGGCGGGCACGGCGGGCACGAGGCGCCGGAGUGGAGCCGUGGCACGUCCGCCGCGGUGCUCCUCUCGUGCACAGCGCUGUAUGCCAUCAUCGCCGAGCUGCUCGUCGACGUCGUGGACGUCGUCCUCCAAGGGUCUGGUAUCGACGAGAAGUUCCUCGGCAUCACCCUGUUCGCUCUGGUGCCCAACACAACCGAAUUCAUGAACGCCGUGUCCUUUGCGUUGAACGGCAAUAUUGCGCUGAGUGUUGAAAUCGGCUCUGCAUACGCACUCCAAGUCUGUUUGCUGCAAAUUCCUGCGAUGGUCGCAUUCUCCGCCUGGUAUGCACCCGAGAAGAUGGGAGCCGUGGCCUAUACCUUCACUCUGGUAUUCCCCCGAUGGGACGUGAUCGUGAUCAUCCUCUCCGUCUUCCUCAUGACCUAUACCUACAUCGAAGCGAGGAGUAACUACCACAGGGGAAGUAUCUUGAUUCUAAGUUACCUCGUCCUUGUGUCAGGCUUCUACUUCGCCCCUCGCGUCGCCGACGACGCUGAACCCGUCGACUGGCGCUCAACCAUCACAGCGCUCAAAUAUUUCUUCGUCUCUCCUUAG